UUAGCUGUGUUCAUGAGAUGUGGGAACCACCAGACUUGAACUGGUUCUAAUUUUCCUUUUCAAAAGGAUUAUACCAGAGCUGAGUAGAAGUGAAAUGCUGUUGACCAUAGUGAGAGGGAUCAAUUUACCUGUUCCUGGAGGUAUUUCCCUAAAUGAUUUAGAGACCAGUGUGCGCUUCGAGUUUGCUUUUCCUAGUUUGGAGGAGGCUCAAAGGGAUCAGACUCAUUCAGUAAAAAGCUCCAGCAGUCCAGAUUUUGGAGAGCAGUUUGUGCUUCAGAUUAAGCGUGGCCACCGAGGCUUCAAGAGAGUCCUGUCUAAAGGCAUCAAGUUUGAGAUCAUUCAGAAAGGAACUCUGUUUAGGACUGAUAAAGUGGUUGGCUCUGCUGAGCUGAAGUUGGACUCCCUAGAGAGCGAGUGUGCGAUCAGACAGCUAGUAGAGGUGUUCAAACGGCGAACUCCUUCAGGAGGACACCUUGAGGUGCGGGUAAGGAUUCGGGAGCCGUUGGGUGGACCACAGUCCCACACAGUAACAGAGAAAUGGCUGGUUUUGGACCCCCUCACCUUACCACUGGUUGUUGCUUCCAAGCCCCAGAUUCAAGACAGCACUGUGAAACGUGUAAGUAGCAGAUCUGCUAUAUGUAGUGUUCUCUGAGAACAACUGCCCCCACAGUCGUCCACUCCACUAUUUUGUCAAAAUAUUGCACAACUCCGAGGCUUGACAAUUUCAUAUGAGACUGCCUGAUUUUUUAAACACUGGGAUUUUUACACACUUUAACACACUGGGAUUUAGUGCAAUGAGUAUGACUGCAGGCAAACAGGUAUGAUUUGCAGAAAUCAAUUCUGCCUCGGUUCUUCUUUGGCCAUGUAAGACUGAGUUGUCUUAGUUGUGUUGAAAUCACUGAGUUGUGUUUCCCCAAAUUGGGAGAGCUGACGGGAGAAAGGAGAGCUGAUUUUAUCUGCACAGCAAUGAACUCAGGGAUCUACCAACAUGGGUCACAAGAAAUCCAGAGUGCCUAUUUUUGACAUAUGAUCAUGUUUAGGAAUACAUUUCAUUGUGGAAUGUACUUAGUGAACAGUUUGAUAUUU